AUGCCACCAAAAAAGUCUAUGGAAGAAACUGAUCGUUUGACUCGUAUAGCAAUUGUAAAUUCAGAUAAAUGCAAACCUAAGCGAUGCAGACAAGAAUGUAAGAGGUCUUGUCCUGUAGUACGAAUGGGAAAACUUUGUAUAGAAGUUAACCCAAAUAGUAAAAUAGCAUCCAUCUCAGAAGAGUUGUGUAUCGGAUGUGGUAUCUGUGUCAAGAAAUGUCCAUUUGAGGCAAUAUCUAUUAUUAAUCUUCCUAGCAAUUUGGAAAAGGAAACAACACAUCGUUACUCAAAAAAUUCAUUUAAGCUGCAUAGACUUCCUAUUCCACGUCCUGGUGAAGUUCUUGGACUUGUAGGAACUAAUGGAAUUGGUAAAUCGACUGCCCUUAAAAUUUUAGCUGGGAAACAAAAACCGAACCUGGGCAGGUUUUCUGAUCCACCGGAUUGGACGGAAAUUUUGAGUCACUUUAGGGGUAGCGAAUUGCAGAAUUACUUUACCAAGAUCUUGGAAGAUGAUUUAAAAGCACUUAUCAAGCCUCAAUAUGUCGAUCAAAUUCCUAAAGCGGUAAAGGGCACGGUGCAACAACUUUUGGACAAAAAAGACGAAUGCAAAAAUCAAAUGCUAAUCUGUGAAAUGCUCGACUUGUUACACAUACGUGAUCGAGGUAUCGAAGCACUUUCUGGUGGUGAGCUACAACGAUUUGCGUGUGCGAUGGUAUGCAUUCAGAACGGAGAUAUUUUUAUGUUUGACGAGCCUUCUUCUUAUCUAGACGUCAAACAACGUCUUAAUGCUGCCGUAACUAUCAGAUCCCUUAUUCAUCCAGAUAAAUUUAUAAUUGUGGUGGAACACGAUUUGUCCGUCUUGGACUAUCUGUCCGAUUUUAUUUGUUGCCUGUACGGCGUGCCCGGAGCAUAUGGGGUCGUUACUAUGCCAUUCUCUGUAAGAGAAGGAAUAAAUAUUUUCCUUGACGGAUUUGUUCCUACGGAAAAUUUGCGUUUUCGUGAAGAAUCUCUCGUUUUCAAAGUAGCAGAAAGCGCAACUGAGGAAGAAGUUAAGCGUAUGAAUCACUACGAGUAUCCCGCGAUGACAAAGACCAUGGGUUCAUUCAAAUUGAGCGUCGAGAAGGGUCAGUUUACUGACUCGGAGAUACUUGUACUACUAGGAGAGAAUGGAACUGGUAAAACGACUUUCAUCAGAAUGUUGGCUGGUAAUUUACCGCCGGAUGAUGGAUCGGAAAGUAUUCCUCAGCUUCAUAUAAGUUACAAACCGCAGAAGAUAAGUCCCAAGUCGCAAGGCAUCGUCAGACAGUUGUUGCAUGAAAAGAUUAGAGACGCGUACGUGCAUCCGCAGUUCGUGACCGACGUGAUGAAGCCUCUGAAAAUUGACGACAUUAUGGAUCAAGAGGUACAGAAUCUCUCUGGAGGCGAGUUGCAACGUGUUGCUUUAGCUCUUUGUUUGGGAAAACCCGCUGAUGUUUAUUUGAUCGAUGAACCUUCAGCAUAUUUGGAUUCUGAACAACGUCUGGUCGCUGCAAAAGUCAUUAAAAGGUUUAUACUGCACGCGAAGAAAACAGGAUUCGUAGUAGAGCAUGAUUUUAUAAUGGCAACAUACUUAGCUGAUCGCGUGAUAGUAUUUUCCGGUACGCCGUCAUUAGCGACUACCGCGCACAGUCCUCAGUCUUUGUUGAAUGGUAUGAAUAGAUUUUUAGAACUAUUGGGUAUCACUUUCAGGAGAGAUCCGAAUAAUUUCCGACCGAGGAUCAAUAAGAAUCAAUCAGUGAAGGAUUUGGAACAGAAGAAGGCUGGACAAUAUUUCUUCCUGGAGGAAUAAGAUAUGUAGUAUUGUAUAUGGCAGCAUAUAUAGAAUAUCAUUAAGGAUUUUUUGUAAAUCUUUACACUUUUUAAAUGCCGGGAAUGGACUUUUUACGAUAUAACAUCGUAAAAUAUAUCAACGCUAUGUAUUUCGCGAUGAUCUAGGGUAUUCAAUAAAACUUGAGAACGUGAAUACUUUCGCCGGUAAAAUUGUCAUCAUUUUACUAUGUGAAUGAAGCAAAAUGUAUAGCCAUGCAUAGCUGUUGAAUAUCUGAAUGAAUAAGUAGGGUGAAUUGUGUACAGAAAAAUUAAAAAGGCACCGCAGAUAUUGAUUUUGUGCAUUUAUUAGUUAUUUAUAUAAUUUGUGUAUAUUCGAUGUGUGAAACGAGAAAAUCGCAAUAUCACGAAUCCAUUUAAAUGUAUGUUCGAUGGAAUAAUAUUAAACUGCAAAAAGAUA